AUGGUGUGCAGCUUGGUUCGAGAACACCGUAAAGAGAAGGACGCAGAAGAGGAAGAAAAGAAAUCAUCCAUCUCCUUGCUUCGUGGUGUAUCCAUUGGCUCUAAUACAGCUGCGAAGGAGCUGCUAAUAAUAAAGCGACUCCGCAAGACCGAAGCGUCGUGGGCUGUUGGCCAAGACGAAACGCACGAUGUGAGGUCAAUGGAGCCCGGACAUGCUGGCAUUGAAGUUCCCCACAUCCCACGCGGCUUCUCAAGCCUAGGUGCCUCUCUGAUUGCCGUCGACAGCGGUCAAGGUGCAGUGUAACAAAGAGCCCUUUACGCAUCGAAAUGCUCGAUGAAUCCAAUGCAACGAAGCAGUAGCUUCGGGGCCGAGUUCAAUGGAGCGAACUGUCAACAUAGAGCCUCUAGUUGCGGCGUCGAUGGACCGGACCCCACAGACUAAUUCCUCCAUACCGGGGAAACAGCUUGAUACGAUAAGGCACU